CUCGGUGUCCUGUGGGUGAUGGAAGCGAAACCGAUGAAGAGGGGCUAGUUGGCUUUAGUUGAUUAAAUCUUGAUUUUAUCAAAAGAACGCCGUCGUUUAAUAAUUUGUAAAAUAGUGCAGUUACUGGAAAACUUUUACAAAUUUAAACUACAUGUACACGUCGGGCGGGCAAUUUCUGUCAAAGCGUGAAUCUUCUAAAACAAGUAGAAACAUCCAGUAAAUGCCAGACUGCGAAAGAUAAACAAUGAUGGUUUUUGAACUGCCAGCACACUAAGUUCUCCGACAGAAGACGUCUGAUGAAAAAUUACUGUAACGUUAAAGAUCCCGGCAUGGAAGACAAGGCAAAUGGAUCAGUUGACACCAAAAGCCCAGUGGAGAAUGGUCAGCUGCCGGACCCUUCCAACUGGGGGGUUUCUGACGUUGUGAAUUAUUUUAAAGCAACAGGGUUUGAGGAGCAAGCUAUGGCUUUCCAGGAUCAGGAAAUUGAUGGUAAGUCACUGCUCCUGAUGACACGUAACGACGUCCUGACAGGGCUGUCGAUAAAACUCGGCCCUGCGCUGAAGAUCUACGAGUAUCACGUGAAGCCGCUGCAGACUCAGCACCUGAAAAGCAACGCCUCGUAGCACCGGAGGCUGUCCCAGCACCCACUUCAGUGACAAUCAUUCUGUCAGGAGACCCCAGGUUAGCCGUCGCUUCACAGAGACUCCUCUGCCCACAGUGGCUCCUUAACAGGAUUUGAAUGCUGUAUGGUUGUUUUUGUGUUUUGUUUUAGUUUUUUUAAAUAAGCGUGGACCCCAAAUGUGGGUUGCACACAGUGUCCACUCAGCCGUUUACCCUUUCAGCCAUUCUUAUUUCUGCUGCUUGAAAUCCGUAUUUUUUUUGGUGUAUGUUUUAUUUAAAAGAAGAAAAUUUGGGAAAAAUACUCUGCAGGUAUGAUUUAUGUGUGCCUGUGUGAUGUGUAUGUGUGUGAGUGGAAAGUGAAUUAACCCGUGACGGUUUUUUUAAAAAAAGAUUGUAUAUAAGAUGAUAUAUAGUUGAAAACUGUGUAUGUUCUGUCGUACCUGAAGACUUUGAUACAUGCAGAAAAUUUUUCUGGUGCGUCCCCUUUUGCCCUGAAAGUUUCUAUGUUUUAAACUGUGCAUCUGAGUCAAUAAGUCGUCUUUAGCAUGUGACAGUGAAACAUUUUGUUUUCCCCAGACACAAAGACCCAAGCAAAAGCCACCUUGUUCCUGCACACCUGCAUUAUCCAGGCUUGAGGCUCUUGAUAUGGAAAUAUUUAUGUGUACAUACUAUUAUUAUCAUUAUUAUUAUUGUUACUAUUAUUAUUAUUAUUAUCUAUCAACCUGUGGUGCUUUCAGCAUUGUCACACAGACAACUGUUCAGAAGUGUGUAUGACCAAUGUACAUGUGCAGCAUAACACUGGAGUUUGAAUAUCCGAAUCAGAGAUUUGCAAUAAAUGGUGCUCUU